AUGUCUAAAAAGUCCACAACCAACACCUCCGCAGCAGCCUCAUCAGGAGGAAACAAAUCAAAAACCUCCAAGCAAGCAGCCUCCAAAAAGGAUGAUGAUUUAAAGUUUUUAUUAGAAAUGCAAAAGAAGAAUGAGAAGGAAAUUGCUGAACAAAAUAAAUCUCAAGGAUCUUCUUCAUCGGGUGAAAAGAAGAAAAAGGCUCCAAAAGACUAUCCAUCGGAACAAACUCAACCCGAACCUACCGUUCCAAUUAAAUACUUGUAUAAGGACAAUAAUUUCCCACAAGGUGAAAUUCAACCACUGCAGUUUUAUGAGCACAGUACCAAACGGUUUACUGCAAGAGAACUUGAUUCCGAUGCAGAAGCUCGUGAUGAAAAAUUGCAAGAACGAAUUAGGGAUGCAAGACAAGCUGCGGAGGUUCAUCGAACGGCAAGAAAAUGGUUUAAAGAGCAUGUAGUACGACCAGGAAUGCGUGUCAUUGACGCAGCUGAAGCUUACGAAAAUAAGGUGAGAGAACUGAUCGAAGCCGACAAGAAUAAUAGAAAGGGAGGAUUAGCUUUUCCUUUGGGUUGCUCAUUGAAUUAUGUUGCUGCGCAUUAUACACCCAAUACUGGAGAUGAAACUGUGAUUGGAAAGGAUGAUGUGAUCAAGUUUGACUUGGGAACUCAUGUGAAUGGUACCAUUGUUGAUUCGGCCUUUACCAUGUGCUGGAACGAUCAAUAUAAACCACUCUUAGAUGCUGUGAAAGAUGCCACUAAUACAGGUGUAAAGGUUGCUGGUAUUGAUGUGAGAUUGGGUGAUGUUGGAGCAGCCAUUCAGGAAGUUAUGGAAAGUUAUGAAGUGACCAUUGAUGGAAAGACUUAUCAAGUAAGAAGUAUUGAAAAUUUGUGUGGACACUCUAUUGAGAAAUAUCGUGUGCAUGCAGGUAAAUCAGUUCCAACUGUGGCAUGUAAGGAAAAUGAAAAAAUGGAGGAAAACGAAUUCUUUGCAAUUGAGACUUUCGGCUCCACAGGUAGAGGCUAUAUCGAAGAAGAAGGUGUCACGUCUCACUAUGGCAAAAAUUUUGAUUACAAAGGAGAUGGCUCAGAGCUUAGAAAUAAGGACUCGAGAGAAUUACUGAAAGUGAUCAAUGAAAAUUUUGGAACUCUUCCAUUCUGUCGAAGAUAUUUGGACCGGAUAGGUCAGAGGAAAUAUCUCACUGCUCUUCGUGAUUUGGUCAAUAAUGGAAUAGUGACCGAGUAUCCACCUUUAGUGGACGUGAGAGGCUGUUAUACUGCACAAUUUGAGCACACAUUCUUGUUAAGACCAACAUGCAAAGAGGUUCUUAGUCGAGGAUCUGAUUAUUAA